ACCAAGCGCCAAAUUGCAAAAAUCAGGUUUUAGGUUCCAUACGACACUUUACCAUGUAUUUAUAAUGUGUAAAAAGUAUCAAGCACCCAUUGCGAUCCUAGAGACAUCUAUUAACUAAAAAUCCAAGCGACAUCGAUCGAAUACGCAGUUUUCUAUAAUAGAAAGAGAUCCAAAGCUCAAUACUAUUUAUAGAAAAUGACAAGUGUCACUUGGUUCCUUUUACAUUUUGUUUGUGAGAGUGGCGAGUGCUGGUUUUCAUAUUUUUUUUAUAUAAAUUUUAAUUAAAAAUGAGUAAAAGAUCUAAACUAAUUCUUAGAAAUGCUUUACGAUUAAACGAAGGUGAGCAGCCGUGCCAAAUAGAGCCGAAAAAGCCGAAACUUAAUGAUUAUAAUGUGGAACAGCGUGGGGCUAAGACACAACCAUAUAGUACCUCAAUAAGUUGUCAUGCUUUUAAAGACAUAAGUUUACCAGGUAAUCAUAUGAUGAACGCUUAAUAUUUCAUUAGAAUGUAGGUAGGUAGCCAACAUAUAUAACUUGCUAUUUAGUGAAGAAGAAAUUGAGAGAAAGCAAAAAUUAAAGCAAGAAAAGGAAGAUUGGAAAGGGCGUUCUAAGAAAGGACGACAUAACAAAUAUCCGGGACAAACUUUCUUAACAAGAAAAAAACUAAAAGAUGCCAAUAAGACGCACUAUACUGUGAAAGGAAAGUUAAAAGAAGCUAAGGAAUUUUCAAACUAUCAAUGCGGAUGUCCAAAGAAAUGUGGCGAAAAGUUAACAGCGGAUGAUAAACAAAAACUAUUUGAAAAAUUCUAUGAUUUAGCAUCAUAUAAUUUGCAAAUUAGUUACAUUGCAGCGACGGUUAAAUAAAUGCCUAUUAAAAGAAAGCGAGCUAAAGAUGGUCCAGGUAAAUCAUACACUGGGGUGUAUAUGCUUGGAGAAGUCGAAGUAUGCCGUGAUACUUAUAUAAAUACCUAUCAAAUAUCGACAAAGCGAGUUAACACUGCGUUGGAAAAAAACGUAACACCCGAAUAAAAGAUGAACGAGGAAAAUCCGGAGGUAAAAAAAAAGUCGAUGAAGAAUUUAUAAAAAAAAUUAUCAAUCAUAUAGGAAACUUUCCUACUUCUGUUUCGCACUAUUCCCGCUCUGAAACUGAAGCCAAAUUUCUACCGUAUGACCUUACAGAGAGGAAAAUGUACGAACUCUACAUAGAAGACAAAAAUCCGAAAGUUAGCUUUCAGUUUUUUAAAAAUGUAUUUUACAAGCAUUUUAACUUGAGGCGGAAGCCUCCUAUAAAAGAUACUUGUAACAAGUGUGACAUGUAUUCUGCACAGUUAAAUAAUUCUCAAGAUGAAAACCAACAACUAGUUUUAAAAGAACAACAUGACACACAUUUUGAAAAUGCAAAGCUUGCCCGAGAUCAGCUAAAUAAAGAUUUUAAGGAAGCAAAGAAAAACCCACUAAUCGAAACUCUUUGUUAUGAUAUGCAAAAGGUCCUAGGAUUACCAAAAUUACCAACAAAUAUUGUGUAUUAUAAAAGGCAAUUAAGUAUUUUUAACGAAGGGGUACAUUCUGGCUCCACAAAUACUCCAUAUUGUUUUUUGUGGAAAGAAGGGAUGGCCGGUCGAGGAGCACAAGAAGUGGGCUCAUGCGUAAAGAAAUUUAUUGACGUGCACCUUAAUAAAGGAGUGAAUGAAUUAAUAUUGUGGUCAGACAGCUGUGGCGGACGAAACAGCAAUAUAAAAAUUGUGCUUAUGUUAAAAGCGGUUUUAAUGCAACAUCCCACAUUAAACAAAAUUUAUUUUAAAUAUCUUGAAUCUGGGCACAGUUUUCUGCCAAAUGACACUGAUUUUGGACAAAUAGAAAGAGCACUUAAAAAUCAAGUUCGCAUAUACACUUUACACGACUUUAGGUCAGUUAUUGGAAAUUGUAAAAAACAUAAUAAAUUUAUAAUAAACCUUAUGGAACCCGAUGACUUCUACUCAACUGAAAAUCUUGAAAAUCAAAUUUUAAAUAGGAAAAUGACCAUCAAUAAAGAGAAAGUUAAUUGGUUAAAAACCAAGAUAAUAAAACUUGAAAAGUCAAAACCAGAUUCAAUAUUUUUUUGUGAGUCACAUUCCUCAGAAGACAAUAACUUUAAAGAAUUAAACAUCGCAAAAUCAGUGCGAAGCAAAAAAAAUUCUUUGAAUCCGCAAAAACUAAAAGUGCUUUACCCCAGAGGUAAACCUAUUUCAAAGAAAAAAUGGGAUGAUAUUAAGACUUUAUUAAAAUUUCUUCCAAAGGAUACAAUUGAAUUUUAGCAAAUGAGAAAUAUUGAGGAUUUCGAAGACGAUGUGGAAGGUUUCGGCCCCAACAUAGACUUUGAUUUUGAAGAUUAGUUAUAAAAUGUUUGAUUUUGUUGUUCCUAAAUGAGUUCCUCUGUUAUAUAAUAAUUAUUAUUCCCUAUUAAAAUAAAUUUGUUAUUUUUAAAAUGAUCCAUGUAUUCCUUCCUUUUUCUUUAAACAGAACCAGGGCGCUUGGAUCUCUAUCAAAUAAUAAUUAAAAAUUAUCUGAUAAUUGAAAAGGAUCCAUCAACCAAAAAAAUCUUAAAAUUAUAUUUUUGCAUGUAGGAAAUAUACAAUUCAAUAACGUCCAUCAUUAGGUUCUAAACCAACAACAUUUUAUUGUGAGAAAAUGUACUAAAAACAUAACAAACUUAAAAAAAACAUGAUACACAUAUAACCCCUGAUUAUGCAAAUUGACAAUUUGGCGCUUGGUUCCUUUUCA